AUGAUUAUCAGGCUGGUGACAUUUGAUGCCUUGCAUACGCUCGUAACACCUAGGUUACCAAUUUACGUCCAGUACUCGCAAACCUUUGCACCAUAUCUUGGCGUCCUUGAGCCAAGACUGCUCAAACAGUCAUUUAAAGUUGCGCUAACCCAGGUACAAAAGGAAAACCCCGCGUAUCAGGGGGAUUCUGGUGCUGAAGGGUGGUGGUCUGAAGUCAUCAAGCGAACAGCCAUCGGAGCUGGUGCCAACCCACAAGCUGUAGACUCUUCAUUGCCGCUAAUCGUUCCCAGUCUAAUGGAAAGAUUCAGUUCUCGACAGGGUUAUAAACUCUUCCACGACUCCCUCUCUGUACUGAGGCGACUACAUGAAAUGAAUGUUCGUACAGCGCUGAUCAGCAACACGGACACACGCAUGCUAUCCGUAUUGAAGGAUCUUGAAGUUGCUCCGUACCUCGACUCAAUUCUUCUCAGCGAGGCUGUGGGAAUAGAGAAACCGGAUGCCAAAAUAUUUCGUCUUGCACUUGCGUCCAGCAUGCAGCCUCAGUUAGUCCCGAUGGAGAUGCAGGACGGUGUUCACGUAGGAGAUGAACUUGAAAGUGAUUAUCAUGGCGCUCGGGCUGCUGGAAUGCAUGCCCUGCUGCUGCGCAGGGCUGGGCCGGAAGGCGAUGGUGAACACAAGGAGGAAGGUGAAAAUCUCCAAGGUGUACAGGUAGUGAAUGACCUAUGGGGGGUGGUAAAGUGGGUAGAACAACAAACUACUUGA